GUGCGUAGACUGCAUAUUUCGAAUGGUGCCAGUAGGUUGGCUGGAGUGGAGAAAACUGAAGUAAAAACAAAUGUAUACAGAUUGUUUUACUGUGGAUGAGAUUAAUUUGCAGGCGUAAAUUAUCUGGUUGCCAUUUAAAGUCAUGGUCAGAGAAAGAUGCAAGAAAAAGUCCUUCCAGGACACACUGGAGGACAUCAAGGAAAGAAUGAAAGAGAAGCGAAAUCAGAAGAUGGGACAGAUUGUUAAAACUAAUCUAGUUUUAACUUCCAAGGUCAAAAAUAAAAUACUGAACAACAGCUCUUUGUUUGCUAAAACCAUUCAAGCAAAUAAUAAGGCACUGGCAUUAGCACUACAGGCUGAGAAAGAAAAAGUGAGACAGGCCCAAGAUGUCAUCUUAAUGUUAAAGAAAGAAUACCAGGCAAUUAUGUUUCAGUUGUUUAUGCUGAAGAGGAAACAUAGUUCACAUCAGACAUGUGAAAGUCUGCAGAGGAAACGUAGUUCACAUCAGACAUGUGAAACGAUGAUGUAUGCAUUUAUGCUGAAGAGGAAACAUAGUUCACAUCAGACAUGUGAAAGUCUGCAGAGGGGAAAGCAUGGGGCUUCACAUCCAACUGAAAAUGUGUCUUCUGGUAUUAUUACAUCAGCUGUUCCUCAGCCUGCAAGAAUACAAAGGCAUGUACCUCCUACAGACAAUUUCUCUUCAGGUGAAGUAGACUUUACAGAAAGAAGAAAUGACACCAGUUUUUCGCCAUCUGAGUCCUUACUGUACAAUACAAAGUCUCAUCUUGACAGCAGACUAUCUGAUGAGAAAAAAUCUAGUACAAUCUCAAGCCGUCUGAGCUGGGAAACUGACAGUGGUGAUGAUGGAGAGAAUAAUAUAUUACCAAGAAGUGUGUCAGUCCGCCGCCACCGUUCAUCUGGUCAAAGAAGACAGUCCUCACACAGAGAGGAUAUAUUUGUAUUUAGUACUGUAGAAGAACAUUCUGAAACUUCACGCAACAGUGAAGAAAACUUUGUAUGUAAAAGUACAGAGAAGCUUGAAAAUCAUGAUGCUGCAAACAAAACUGAAAGCAACCUUGAGAGGGACACAGAAGACACGAGAAAGAGUUGUUCAUUGCUCAUAGACUCAAAUCUGGAAGCAGAACUACCAGUUCUGAUGUCUGAGAUGAAGCAUUCAACACCUGAACCUAGAUCAAAGACAACUGUAAGUAGAAAGAAAGGCGAAAGCCAACCAAAGGCAGAAAGAGGAAGAAAAGGAAAACCAGAAAUACUAAACAGUGUUCCACUAAAAAAGCCAUGGGAGAACAGAACAAGAGCAAGAUCGAAAAGUCGAGACAGAAAACAAAGCAGAAGGAGUGGAGCAAAAGAAGUGUUGAACAGCUCUCUUGGUUGCAAUGAUGCUUAUGACUUUGAUUUUGAAGAAAGUGUCCACGUCACCCCAUUUCGUCAAACAAAACCAGGCGAAAAAGAAAAUGAUGACACACCAUCCAGAAGCAACAAUACAGAAAGUGAUGGUGGAGAUGAAAUGGAUGACAGUCCUUAUAUUCCCUAUAAUAAGAAAGGAAAGAAAGGGAGCUGUAAUUCUGAAUCUAAGGAACAAACUGACACUGCUACUUUAAGACCACGGUCUAAGAGAAUAUCGACAUUAAAACGACAGCUGUCUGUAGAGAACAUGGAGAACAAAACAGAAGUCAGUAUAACUAGAAAUGAUGCUGUGAAUCCAAAAUUAAGUCAUGACUCUUCUAGUUCAUCAUCAUUUCAAGGAAGCAGACCACCUGAGAAACAAAAUUCCAGAGCAUUGGAAAGAUGUUACAGUGAAGCGAGUGAUUCUGAGGAUGAACAUUACAAUCCAAAAUUGCCUUGUAACUUGAAAGGUAAAACAGGUCACCGUAAUCACCGACAGAGAGAGAGAAAAGUAAUUGCAAUAAGGCCAAAGCAGGACCAGAAAUUUUUGGUAAACCAAGUUUUAAAAGCUGAAAAAGAAAACAGAGAUGGUAAUAUUGAUUCUUUGAUGACUGAUACUGUGUCAACAAACUGCGUUGGAGUGACUGCAAAAAAAACUAUCCAGUCAUCAUACAGAGAAGCUAGACAUGGUGAAAAACAGCAAGAGAAAAAAUCUGGCAAGUGCUAUUCUGAAGUGAGCGAUUCUGAAGAUGAAUAUGAUUUCUUGAAAAUGUCUGGCGAGAGGAAGAAAUAUGGUCUUACUAGUAGUUGUAGAGAAAGAAAAACUGACACUGUACCGUUGAGGUCAAAGUCCAAUAGAUAUUCUUCUUCAUAUAGCAAGUGGUUAGAAGAUGAAAAGGAGAAUGAAAACAAUGCUAUUUUUCCUUGGAGUUUAUCUCCUGGGACUAAUAAUCCACCAGGAAGUACUGCUGGAAAGAAUGCAUUCACUGAAAAACCCAGAUAUCAGAAGCUUCGCUUAACACUUGGUGAUGUUGGGAACUUCUCCUUACUAUCCUGUGAUAGUAAAGAAACAAGAAAAUUAUCUUGCCCGUUGCUUGGCUUACGUGAGUCAGUGGUCCCAGAUUCACCAAUUCGCAAACGGAGGUGCACAGUUGCUGUUGACUACAAGGAACCUAAUUUAAAUGGGAAACUAAGAAGAGGAGACAGAUUUACAGAUGCAAUGUUUCUACACUCUCCCAUCUUCAAGCAGAAAAAGGAUAUGAAGAACAAACGCAAGUCUUUCAAAACAGAAGGAUUAAGUAAAUACAAUGAAGCAUUUAUUGGUUGUCGCUGAAUCUUGAAGUACAAACUGAUUCAACUAAUGGUGAAAACAAAAUCUUCUGGACUAGUAGUGUAGUUACACUUUCAUAGUUCUGAUGGCAGCUCAAAUUGUAAUGGUUGGAAGCAAAACUUUUUACAAUUUUUAUAAGAAGGAGUUUUAUUUACAUUUUCUGUGUAUAUUUUUAAAUGUAAAAAGGUAAUUUCAUUUUAUUUGCAUUGCAGUAGCUUUGGAUACUAUGAUAGCUCUGUGAUGAAAACUGUUCUACCCAGAUGGCAGCCAACUAAAAAUAUUUAAAAAUGCAAAAGGCUCCAUAGCAUCUGAGUUCUGUGGUCAAAGCAUAUAUUAUAAUGUUUGCAUUUCAGUAUUUCCCCCUCUAAGAUUUGACAAGUUCUCGUCCUGUUAUCUCUCAGUCCCCCAGAUUUUGCCAUGCUGGAAACCAUUUUGUGACCUCAGACCCAUUA